AUGUUCGCGGGGCAGCAGCAGCCGCAGCCGCCCGCGCUGCCCCCGCACCUCCCGCAGCCGCAUCAGCAGCAGCACCACUACUACCGGCGGCAGCAGCACUACAGCACCCUGCCCGCCCGCCGGGCCUGCCCGGAGCCGCCGCCCUGCCCCGAGCCCCCGCCGUGCCCGGAGCCGCCGCGGCCGCUGCCCUGCCUGGACCAGCCCCCGGACGGCGCCGUCCUGUACGACCGGGUGCUCACCUACGGCCCGGGAUGCCGCCGGCUCAGCACCUCCUGCUCCUCCCGGGCCACUUCGCCGCUGGACUGCGGCUACGGCUGCGACCCGCCGCAGGGCACUAUUCGAAGGAUCAUCAUCGAGAAUCCUGAUCAGGAGUCAUUAUCCCCGUUUCUCAGAACGGGGAGUUUUGGUCCUGGAAAUAAUGUCAUCUAUGAAAAGACAAUAAGGAAAUAUGAGCUAUUAAAUCCCCUCCAAGAGAAGCAGUACCAGGUGUCCCAGCUGUGCCAGCAGGCAGAGCAGUGCCAGCCCUGCCCGGAGCCCGCCCCGGUCACCCAGCAGUGCCAGCACACACAGACCAGCAGCCCCAGUGACGCGUUCCCAGUGCCGGGUGGCGAUGACUGCCGGGGACAUUCCAUCAGGAGGGUCUCCCUGCACUCCUGCGAGCAGGAAAGGCCGGAGCAGCUGGACUGUCGCUACUUCGGGGAGCUCCUGGCUGAGCUGCACCGCAAGGGCAACGACCUGUACAGCUGCUUGCUGCAGCACGUGGAGAAGAUUGGAGGCAGGAACCACGACAUCGAGUUCACAUCUCAGACUGAAGAUAUUGAAGAAUUAAUUCCCAAAGGACUGUCUGAGGCAACAAAGCAGCAGAUUCGUUAUCUCCUCCAGAUGAGAGCGACGUCGGAUAAAUCCCUGAGACUUGUGCUUUCCACUUUCAAGAAUCUCCGUGAGGAGCUGUGCCAUUUGCAGGAUGACCUGGGGAAGCUGGAAACGGACAAUGUCUUGCUGAAGAAGGAUUUGGCUUUUAAGGAUUCUCAAGUAAAAGAAUAUGAAACUAUGUUGGCUUCUCUAAGGGAGAACAAUCGUCAGCAGCAGCAAGGGCUGAGGGACAGCACUGCCAGGUGCCGCUCUCUGGAGGAGCAGCUCCUGUCCCUGCGGCUCAGUGAGGGCGAGAAGGACUGUCAGCUGAAGGAGCUGGAGUACGGCAAGAGGGCCCUGGAGCAGGAGAUCCAGAGCCUCAAGCUGCAGAGCUGCUCCAGCCCCACACUGCAGACCACCACGGAUGAACUCUCCAGCCGAUACGUGGAGAUGAUCAAUAACCUGAGGGAGGACAAGGACCGGGAGAUCCGCAGUCUCAGGUCCCAGUUAUGCCAGUUCCAGCAGGACAUCUCCAGGAGGGAGGGGAGCAACAGUGACUUGCAAAUGAGGCUGCACGAACUGACAUCGAUGCUGGAGGACAAAGAGGCUUUUAUUAAACAACAGCAAGAGGAGCUCUUCAGACUGAAGCAGGAGAAGUUAUCGGGCAGUCAGUCCCCUGGAGUGACAGCCAUCAUCACUAAAAAGUACAGGAAUCAGUAUCCUAUUCUGGGCCUCCUGUCUGAUGACUACAAGGUCACAUCACCUGUCAAUAAAUCCCAAACUAUUGUCAUUGAGAGGACUGGGGAGAUAUGGAAACAUGAAUGAAAGAAACCUCUGGGUCAUCAGAGCUGUUUGAAGGAGUUCACAGCCACUACAACUGCUUUACUUUCUGCUACUCUGCACCCAGAAAAGGUUCAGUCUGAGAGUGA